AUGAAUGAAGCGAAGACUGCUGCUGAUGCUGCUGCGACAUCCAUGUCGGACGCCGCCUACGCUUUUGAUGAAGAGGUACUUAAGGAUGUACGCAACAAUAAAGUGUGGAUGCAAGAUCCCAAGUACUUUAAAAAGGUGAUUGUAUCGCCUGCAGCAACUAUGAAGAUGCUGAACCACGCCAACUCGGGCGUCGAGAAAGGUAUUAAAGCGGGUGGAAAGCCCGUCGAGAUCAUGGGUCUGAUCAUGGGACGGCCAUCUACUGGCACUGAUAGAGAUGCUGGAGAUAUGCACACGCUCGUGGUCACUGACUGCUUCCCGCUGCCGAUUGAAGGAGCUGAAACGCGAGUGCUGGCGGAUGAUGCCGAGGUCAUUAACUAUAUGAUCUCACUGGGCGAAGCUGUCGAGCAGACACGCAAAGAAAAAUUUAUGGGAUGGUAUCACAGCCACCCGUUUGAUGUAGAGGUACAUAGUCACUGCUUUCUCUCGGCUACGGACGUCAGCACGCAGCUGCAGUGGCAGCGCUCAGAAGAUCCGCACGGUAACCCUUGGCUUGCAAUUGUGCUGGAUCCGCUGCGCUCAAUGGCCAAGAAACGCCCAGAGAUGGGCGCUUUCCGCGUCUAUCCACCAGAAUUUGCUGCGCCUGUGAACGAAACCCCCGACGGAACAAUUGUCACGGACGAGAGCGCAAGACUCGAACGCUGGGGCAACUGUUGGAACCGCUACUAUACGCUGGAGAUCGACUAUUUUAUGAGCGCUCUUGGUUCUCAGGUCGUGAGUGUGCUAUCUGAGGAGUUCCUGUGGAUGCGUACACUGAGCUCCAACACGAUGCAGGAGCGGGAAAACCGUGAUCGUUUCUCAGAGCGUAUUCAGCUGCUGGCAAACAAGUUGGACGGCUGCGAGGCUCACCUGUUGCCGCGCACUGGACGAAACGCUUCGCGAAUUGGUGAGUAUUAUGUGCCAGAGAAGCAACAGUCGCAUAAGGAGACCGAAGAGGCCGUACUUGACAAAAUUACUCAAGCUGCCAACGAGCUUGCGAUCGAGAACUCACUUGGUCAGGAGCUACAGGUCACCAAAAAGGGCCUUUUCAACGACAAGUGA